AUGGCGAAUCCCUUUUUAAUGGAUGAUGAAAUGGAUGGAGUGGAUGACCCUACAGUCAAUCCAUUCUUAAUCCAGGCUGAUGCAGCACAGCCCAGUGAAGACAAUCCUUUUGGAGCCUCGGAGGCCGCAGUUAAUCCCUUUGCAUUUGGUGAUGAGGCUGAGGAUGAAGCGGAACAUCAAGAACAUGACAUAGAUCCGGCUAUGAGUUUCUUUGGCACCACAAUAGAAGCUGAAGAUGAUGCUCUAAGUAUUAAGUCCACACAAGAUGAGGAAGAAGAUAAUAAAACAAAGGCUCCACCACCCAGACCAUUGCCUCCAAAAACGCAAGAACUAAUUAAUUCAGUUUCAAAUCAAAUGGAUGAAACUAGUUCCGAGUUAUUGGGGCGUAUACCAGCUACGCGCUCACCUAGCCCGGUUUCAAUGAGAGACUUACACUCGCCCAGUCCUACUCCGGACAGUGGCUUGGCCGAUCUCUUAGAUGUUUCCGAUAGUGGUUCUUCUGGCAACACACAAGGUUUUGAUAUCGACUUAAUAGGAACUGCUCCCACUACAAUGGUUGAUAAUCCAUUUGGCAUACCCACGGGUAUUCCACCUAUUCAAGGAGCAACGCCCAUGCCAUCGCCAGCCAAACAACAACCACCUCGACCUCCACCACCAAGACCUGCUCCUCCUAGACCAGUGCCACCAAACAUGCAUGGCCAACAAGCACCUCCCAGACCUACUCCGCCUGCUCCACCACCACCAGCUCCGCUGAAACAAGAACCAGAGGAAAAUGCAGCUGAUUCUGAGGAUCUCUUUGAUAUGUUUGGUACCACCAAACCACCAAAACCUCCACCACCUAAGAGUAAAGAGGAUAUUUUAAGUCUUUUUGAUAAACCCGCUCAACCUGUGGCCAAACCCGAUUUGUUAAGUGAUGAUCUAGUACUUGAUCCUACAGCAGUUGAACCAGAGUCUGAAACUGCUGACGCAAAUGAAGAGGACUCUGUAAUAUUUAACUCCGUCUUAACACGACCAGAUGAAAGCACACAUAAUAUCACCUCAGAACCUCAAUCAGCCACAUAUAAUAAUAAAAACCUUAACAGAAUAGCUAUACAAGAACCAACCAAUAAACAACGAGCUCCAACACCAGACAUUGAGAUAACAACUGUUGAAGAUUUACCACGAUCAGACGACGAAGAGGAACCAGAACCAGAAUCGCAACCUGAACCUGAAACAAAAAAGGAAGUAGAUGUGCCAUCUGUUGUAAUAGACACCGAACCAGAUCCUCCGGCUGAAGAUGAUGAUGAGGAAAAUGCGCCCAUAGUUCCCCAGGCGAGUUCAAACAUAGAAUCCGAUCAAAGUCCUCCAACUGAAUCUGCUGCAACAACUCAGGCCUUACCAGACUCGCCAGUAGAAGGUAUGUCCGAUAAUGUAACAAGUGAUGCUGAUAUCGAAGUACAGGAACCUGUUGUCGAAGAAAUGGAUACUGGUUUAGACUUUGCCCCACCAAGUGGAGCUGGAUCUGCCAAUCCGUUCGCUAGUCCUGACGAAGAGGAAGAAACGUAUCCUCCUGCUGAAAUUGUAACAAAUAUUUUCAGUGCUGAUGGUACAGAACCAGGGGAAGUGUCAGAAAAUAUAUUCACAAGUACCGCAGAUACGGUGACAGAAAAUAUAUUCACGAGCACAGCAGAUACAGUGGUAGAAAAUAUAUUCACAAGCACAGCAGAUACAGUGGUAGAAAAUAUUUUCACAAGUUCUGCAGACACCGUGGUAGAGAAUAUAUUCACUAGUUCAGCUGAUACAGUGGUAGAAAAUAUUUUCACAUCAACAACAGAUACAAUGGUAGAAAAUAUUUUCACAUCAACAUCAGAUACAAUGGCAGAAAAUAUAUUUUCAAGCAGUGCAGAUACAGCGACUGUACCAACAGCUGCAAUUAAUAUUUUUUCGGCUGAUCCAGAGCCUGUUGCUGAGUCACAACAAGCAUAUGGUACAAACAUUUUCGCUGAACCAGACGAAUUUGAUGCAUUCUCAGCCAAAUUCGACUCCGUUAAAAAGGAUAAUAUUAGCAUUUUAGAUGGAUUUGGUGGAGGAGGAGGUUCGGGGGCUGUAACGCCAACUACAGGAGACGCUUGGGGUGAAAGUGCUUUUGGCACUCCUAGUUCGGCAGCGGACGCCUUUGCUGACCCAAAUGAUGGUUUUGGCAAUGACGAUGAUGACUUUUAUAGUAUGCAGGCUCCUGUACGAUCCGAUUCCGUAGAAUCGGUAGAAAAAGACUUUAAUGUUGUUAUACGACCCAAAACUGAGGGUGCAACGGCAAUAGCACCUCAGUUGGCUCCGCCACCUCCAACACGAGCCGCUCCAACAGGACAGUAUUCAGGUGAUGUCAGUCCAGCAGUUAAUCCAUUCGAAGAUACAGGAUUUCCAGCACCAGCUCAACAGGAUGAUGCUUCUAUGAAACGCACAGACUCUCAAGAGACUCCUCAAACCCCACUUUUCGAUGAAGAUGUUUCCCAACCACUGGAAGAAUUCCCACGUCUCAACUAUGUGGGCUCUGGCUGGGAAAUGCAAUUGAGACAACCAAAUAAAAAGAAGAUAACUGGCCAGCGUUUCUGGAAAAAGAUAUUCGUUCGUUUGGCUAUACAAAAUGAUAUACCAGUAGUUCAACUGUUUAAUCAAGCUUCCGACAAGCAAGCCUUCCAGGAACUUCCUUUACAGCCUUCAUAUUCAGUUUCAGAGAUUGGAGCACAACAAUAUGAUCAAUUUGGUAAAAUUUUCACCAUGAAAUUGCAAUACAUCUUCUACAAAGAACGACCUGGCGUGAGACCUGGCCAAGUUACCAAAGCCGAACGUAUCACAAACAAACUAACUAAAUUUGCACAAUAUGCCAUAGCUGGAGAUUACGAGGGUGUCAAGGAGUUUGGCAGUGAUCUCAAGAAAUUAGGUCUACCCGUCGAACAUGCACCACAAUCAUCGCAGCUCUUUAAAAUCGGUUCGAUGAACUAUGAAGACAUGAAGCAAUUGUCGGUGUGCAUAGAGGAGGCUCUGUUCCAUUUGCCUGCUUUACGAGAGCGUGCCCUGACCUACAAAAUGGAAGAGGUGCAAGUGACAGCAGUUGAUGAAAUAUAUGUGGAACAAGAUAUGGAAGGAAAGAUACUUAAACAAAUUGCUAGAGUGAGAGUAUUCUUUUUAGCUUUCCUAACAGGUAUGCCCUAUAUUGAGUUGGGUGUUAAUGAUAUGUGGCGCCAGGGCAAAGAAGUUGUAGGUCGUCAUGAUAUUAUACCCGUGGCUACCGAAGAGUGGAUUCGUUUGGAAGCAGUAGAAUUUCAUAGUAUAGUCAAUCCGGAGGAUUAUGAAAAGACUAGAAUUAUUAAGUUUCAACCGCCUGAUGCUAAUUAUAUAGAAUUACUGCGCUUCCGUAUACGACCGCCUAAAAAUCGUGAACUUCCUCUACAACUCAAAGCUCAAUGGAUAGUAACCGGCAAUAAAGUUGAACUGCGAGCUGAUAUUUUGGUGCCCGGCUUCACCUCACGCAAAUUGGGUCAGAUACCAUGUGAAGAUGUUUCUGUGCGUUUUCCCAUACCGGAAUGCUGGAUAUAUUUGUUCCGCGUCGAAAAACACUUUAGUUAUGGUUCUGUCAAUAAAAAAUAUGGUUCGGUCAAAUCUGCCCAUAGACGUACUGGUAAAAUCAAGGGUAUUGAACGUAUCUUAGGAGCCGUUGACACUCUACAAGAAUCCCUGAUCGAGGUAACAUCUGGUCAAGCCAAAUAUGAGCAUCAUCAUCGUGCCAUUGUUUGGCGGUGUCCUCGAUUGCCAAAAGAAGGCCAAGGCGCUUAUACUACCCAUCAGCUGGUAUGUCGUAUGGCGUUAACAUCUUAUGACCAAAUACCUAGUGAAUUAGCACCAUUUGCUUAUGUUGAAUUUACCAUGCCAGCAACGCAAGUUUCACAUACAACAAUCCGUUCGGUUAGUGUUCAAGACUCGGAUUCCGAUGAACCUCCAGAGAAAUAUGUGAGAUAUUUAGCGAGACAUGAAUAUAGGGUUGGUAUCGAAACAACACAUGGAGAAUCAACAAAUGCUUAUUUAGCAGCAACUAGACCUAUACGCGAAGAACCUGCUGCAAAACCAGCUGCUUCACCAGUACCGCCACCUAGUGACUCAGAUUCAGACUCUAACUAAGUUAAUUUAUAUUUAAGCAAAACCUUUAAAAUGAUAAAUUAUACACAAACCAAAAUAUUAUAUAUUUAAAGAAAAAUCAUACAGUAUUUUGUUGCUUACAAAAAUAAAAUAAAUUUAAAUAAAAAUAUACCAAAUAGAAAAAACAUAUACUCGUUCAUUAAUACCAAAAAAUAAAUUUAAAAAAAA